AUGGAGGAAAAUAUGGGACCAUCUGCUGACGAUAUGGUCGGCAAACGUUCGUGCGAAUAUUGUCGAACGAAAAAAAUCCGCUGCGAUCGGACUGUGCCGUGCUCAAACUGUAGAAUGAGCAAAGACGAUUGUAAAAUAGUUGUGCCUGAACAGAGAACCCCAAAAGUAAGAAUCCAUUUAUCUGGGGAGUAUGAGAAGAAGAUAGACCGUCUCGAAAGCCGUCUUGCUGGUAUCGAGACUAUCCUCGCCAAGAUUGCUUCGAAACUGGAGAUCAGUGAUGCAUGCACAGUAUUUGAUGGGCAUGUCGUUCAAACAGAAUCGCCAUCAACUCCACUCAACGAGAAAUCUUCCGUUACCGAGACUGAGGCGACGACACCUACACCCUUUGAAGGCGAGACUGGGAUCAAUAGGCAAUCAGAAUAUGUGCGAGAAUUGCUCGUUCAGGUGGUUGAUCAAACACCAUCAAUGGACCAAAACGCAGAAGUCAAAGCAGCCUUGACAGCACUUGAGGAGCUGGUUGCGCCCAGCAAUCAUAGAGAUGUCUCUCCAAAGCUGAAUACUCAGCAAUUCACCGACCGAUCUGUGGCAAGAAUUGACAGCGCAAAGUUAGAGCAGCCCCCCUGGAGUGUGGUGAAGGUUGCCAUCAAUAAGGCUCUGGAACAUCCAACUAUGAUCUUUACUUCUUUCUUUCCUAUCAUUGAUCCGAAGAAUCUCUAUGAGGUCAUUGAGGAUUUUUAUUCCAACCCAACCACGUGCACUACUCCACGUCGAAUCUUUGCGUGUGGCGUAUUGUUCAACAUAUUUUCAGAAUAUUCAUCGGCACCCUGGAGCGGCACUACCAAGGCGGAGUUGACAAGGUGCGCGCUCACAGACAAGGCACAGUUGGAGCUCGCCAUAAGUCAGCUUGGUAUACUCAUACCAGCUAGCCAUGAAAACAUUGUAGCUCUAAGCUUGGGUACGGCUUGCGCAAUCGAGAUGUGCAAACCGUCACUUGCUUGGAUGCUGAAUUCCUACGCCGUUGAGCUGUGUCAGAAUCUAGGUUACCAUCGUUUCGCAACCAUGAAGAACGACUCAGAAAAGGAGCGGAGACGCAAAAUGAAUCUCUUUUGGAUGAUAUAUUUCUUCGAUAAGGAACUGUCUCUGCGCUUGGGUCGAGCAAGUAUCAUCCAGGACUGGGAUGUGUCGUUGCCCUUCCUUGCCACGAGCGAUGCAUUGAACAAUGGAUUCGAAGAGAACGUCAUGCUUCCCUAUUGGGUCAAAGUUGCCAAAGUUCAAGGACAAACAUACGAGAGCUUGUUUAGCGCAGCUGCAUUUCUCAAUACGCAGACUGAGCGACAGCAAAUUGCCAUGAGUCUCGUUCGCGCGAUGGAACAAGCUUGGCAUGAACGAGGUCAUGUAGGUAUCACUGACUCCACCAAUUUAGUAAGCCCCAUCGAGACAGAACUACCUCUCAAGCAUAAACAAAAACUAGGCAAAAACCGUCGAGAUGCUCUGAAACAGGGUGAUUGUGACACAGCACUUGUUGAUGAUGCCGAGGAUCUGUUUUUUCACACAGAUGUUGUAGUGCAUUACUCGACCUGUGCACUUAUCCACCGGGCAGCAUGUCCAGAGAACACAUUGAGCGAGGCAUGUCUCGAGGCUUCUCGAGCGGCAAUAUCAGCACAUAUGAGGUGUAAUGCUCAAUUCAACUCAAAAGCCAAUACAGAACUUUGGGCAGGGUACAUUCACUGGUCCAUCCUCCAGGCUCCGAUCACUCCCUUCAUCGUCUUGUUUUGCAACGCAAUCCAAACCACCAAUCGCACUGAUCUAGAUUCCCUCUCAGACUUCGUCACCAGCCUUGAAUCUUGUAAAACUUUCUCUGAGGGCGCGGAAAGGCUGUACAAAAUGUGCCUUCUUUUCUUGAAAGUAGCCAAAAUUUACAUUCAAGCAAAAGAGAAAGAGAUCGAGAAGGGUCUGACGUACUCUUUCCCACUCCCAGGACAAGGCAUUUUCGACGCGACUUCACCUAGUACCUUGCCAGACUUUAGCACAGUCUCACAAUUUGGCCCGCAUCUAAGCGCCCUUGGCCUAAUGUCCAAUACAGACUGGUCGAUGGCUAGUUAUGUGCCAGAUUUGGUAUCGGAAGGACAGGAGAACUACGCAUCAACUGAAGCCAUGGGUUGCACGCAAGACUUUGACGGCGUAGGCAUGAGCCAACAAGGCCUGGAUGUAAGCCAGAAUUUUGUGCAAGACUGGUUCUCAGGAUCGCGAUAUUUGAUUAACUUUAUGGAUUCGGACAACGAUACGUGGAUGUCUGACAUGAACAACCCGGGUUUCUGA